AGAAACCAAACUUUAGUAUAUAUAAUCACAGCAAGACAUCCAUUCAUUCACAAAGCAUUCAAAUGGCUUUAAGAAUUGGCUCAAUUGUGCGUGUUUUGAUCGUCCUCUCGAUAUGUUCUCGUGAUCUUCUCGUCGAGUCCAGGGGAUGCGGGCAAUCGUGCUCCACAAACGACGAUUGCGAUGGUCAGCUCUACUGUGGAGGGGGGCGCACUUGUCAAGACGAUCCGGAUUUGGGAACUCACAUCUGCGCUGGAAGUGGCGGCGGCGGUGGCGGUGGCUCAGGAACUUGCCAGCAGAGUGGAACUCUCAAGGGCAAUUCGGCCCACCAGUGCGGCGAGUGCUGCAAGGCCAACACAAACUAUCCGAUCUAUCGAUGCUCGCCCCCAGUCUCGCAGAGCACCAAAGCAAUUCUCACUGUCAACGACUUCCAAGCUGGUGGCGAUGGCGGAGAUCCUUCGGAGUGCGAUGGGAAAUUCCACUCCAACACCGAGAGGGUCGUGGCUCUCUCAACCGGAUGGUAUAGCGGGGGCUCCCGGUGCUUGAAGUUCAUCAGUAUCACAGCUCCAAAUGGGAGAUCCACCACUGCCAAAGUGGUGGACGAGUGUGAUUCUACAAUGGGCUGUGACAAGCCUCAUGCUUGGCAGCCACCAUGCCGGAAUAACAUUGUGGAUGGCUCUGAUGCUGUGUGGAAAGCGCUGGGCAUUAGCUCCAGCGACCCCCUCUACGGUCAGAUGUCCAUCACCUGGAGAGAUGCUUAACAAUGUGAAUGAAAUCUAUAUAACAGUAAUUGGUCAAAAAGAAGAAUAAAAGCUGCCAAGACGUU